AUCUCUCUCUCUCUCUCUCUCUCUCUCUCUCUCUCUAUAUAUAUAGAUAUAUAUACACACACACACGCACAUAUAUCUGUAUUUACUUCGUACACCGAUCGAUUUCUAGGGUUUCAAUUGUUUGAUCAAUCGCUCCGAUGAUCAUUGCAUAGAACGAUAAGCACAUACAAUUAAAAAAAAAGAAAAAAAAGAUUAGUCUAGGGUUAGUGUUAGAGAGUAAAAUAGUCCCAAUCAUGUUGAACAAAUUCAUCAAACGUGGACAGCGUAAGGUCCCCAAAUCGGAAGCCAUUGAACCCCCCACAUCGAACCCCCAACCGAGUGUGACCGUGAAUCAUGCUUCCCGCUCCGCCGUUGGGCCUUCGGCUUCCAAUUCCAACUCACAACUUGUAUCUGUGUCUGCUCCACCCACUUCUGGUGUGGUUGAAAUCUUGCCCAUGUUGAAGGACGUCCCGUUGAUGGACCGUCACGUUGUUUUCAUCCGUAAGCUUAAAAUUUGUUGCUUUACCUUUGAUUUCUCCGACCCGUUGAAGUCGGCUCGUGAGAAGGAGAUAAAGAGACAAACCCUUGCGGAGUUGAUUGAAUUGGUGCAGACAGGGUGGUGUAAGUUGAACGAAACUCUACAAGAAGAGUUGGUUCGGAUGAUUUCGGUGAAUAUUUUUCGGUGUUUACCCCCGGCAACCCAUGAAAAUAGUGCGACCGAAAUUGAUGAACCGGAUGAGGAUGACGCUUUUUUCGAGCCUUCGUGGAUUCACUUGCAACUUGUGUAUGAGUUGCUUUUGAGAUAUGUUGUGUCAACUGAGUUGGACACCAAGGUCGCAAAACGAUAUAUUGAUCACUCAUUUGUAGUGAAAUUGCUUGAUUUGUUUGAUUCCGAGGAUCCACGAGAGCGGGAGUAUUUGAAGACUAUUCUGCAUCGUAUCUACGGAAAAUUCAUGGUUCAUCGCCCAUUUAUAAGGAAGGCAAUAAAUAAUAUCUUCUACCGGUUCAUAUUUGAAACGGAGAGGCAUAGUGGGAUUGGUGAAUUGUUAGAGAUUCUUGGAAGUAUAAUAAAUGGGUUUGCGUUGCCGAUGAAAGAGGAGCAUAAGUUAUUCCUUGUUCGGGCACUUAUACCACUCCACAAGCCGAAAUGUGUUGCCUCAUAUCAUCAACAAUUAUCUUACUGCAUUAUCCAGUUUGUUGAGAAGGAUUAUAAGUUGGCAGAUACUGUCAUUAUGGGGUUAUUGAAGUACUGGCCAGUCACUAAUUGUGGGAAAGAGGUUCUCUUUCUUGGAGAAUUAGAAGAAGUUUUGGAAGCUACACUGACCGAAGAAUUCCAACGCUGCAUGGUUCCUCUUUUCAGACAGAUUCGGCGUUGCCUCAUCAGCCCGCAUUUCCAGGUAGCAGAACGAGCGCUCUACUUGUGGAACAAUGAACACAUAGUGGGCUUGAUUGCCCAGAACCGACAAGUAAUUUUGCCACUCAUCUUUGAAGCAUUGGAGAAGAACAUAGAGGGCCACUGGAACCAGGCGGUUCAUGGGCUGACUGCCAAUGUCCGAAAAAUGUUCCUGGAUAUGGAUGCAGAGCUGUUUGAAGAGUGUGAUCAGCAGUACGCUGAGAGAGAAGCCAGGUCCAGAGAAUUGGAGGAGCAACGCGAGUUGAUGUGGAAGAGACUUGAAGAAGUUGCAGCUCAAGCUGGGGACGACAUGGUUAUUGGCUAGCUGAACAAGUAUCAGAUUAAACUCUUCUUCCCCUAAUUCUGAGCUGAUAUCCCAUUCUAUCUGCUCGAGUUGUAUGUAGGUUACAUAAGAAUACUGAGUUAUACGACAUCAAGAAAAUGUAGCAGUGGUUCUCCUGCAUAUUUUUUUACUCCCAAAAGGAAAAAGGUUCUGUUUAAUUACAUUUUUUUUUCUCCUCCUUGGCUAGAUAAAGCUUGGCUCUUGGAUCAUUUAUUUUUGGUUCCUGGUGUCGGGGUGGGCAGUGUUUUGCAAUUUUUUUGUAACGAUAAGAAUAAUAGUGGCUUUACCGGUGGUGGUAACCUAUGAUUAUAUGUUUCUGGCCGGACAGUCAUUUUCUGACUAGAAAAAAAACAGAUUAAAGGGUUGUGAAUAUGAAUAUCAUUACUAAUUGUAUUCAGUAAAUUCUGACUCUCUUUGGAAUUUUUAUUUA